AUGCGACUAAAAACCGUUAGUAGUCUGCCAAGCGCGGUUUCACCCGCAGCGUUCGCGUUGCCGGACAACAAACCAGCACCGCAAGGUGAAACGCACACAGCGGAGAGAGCCGAAAAUCCCACCAACUUGGUCGAAAAUUCCCACUCCUCACACACCCACACACACACACACACCGGCAGAGAGAACACGAGCGGGCUGGCACGCUCCUCUUGUGGCGGCAAACUUCUGCCUCACCAUCUUCGUCGUCGUCGUCGUCAUCAUCAUCAAAGAGUUCCUGGCUCGAAUUCUGGACCGAUUCAGUCGUCUUUGGCACAUGUAACAAUAACAAGUUUUCAAAGGCCAGCAGGGGAGUCUGGUGGCUGA